CACUCACUUUCUUUCCCGCCGCGGUUUAGACCUGCAUUCGCUGCUUUUACUCUACGUGACCAUGAGCAAACGCAAAAGCAAAGAUGCUCCAGUGCCAAUCGGGGAAUGCAUCAGACAGCUUCAGGAGUGUCUGAGGGAACGAUUUUGCCGCCAGCAACCCCCCAGCAGGCUGGAGGCGUCGGAGGCCCAACACAAACACCUCCUGGAGCUGCUCAAACGGACCGCUGUCCAUGGGGAAAGCAACUCGGUGCUCAUCGUCGGUCCCAGGGGGUCGGGGAAAACCGCGCUCCUGAAGUGUGUGCUAAGAGAGCUGCUGCAGGAAAAUGAAGUACAGAAGAACCUCUUACAUGUCCAACUCAACGGUUUGUUGCAGACUGAUGACCGAACGGCCCUGAAAGAAAUAACGCGACAACUCAACCUGGAAAACGUUGUUGGGGACAAAGUGUUUGGCAGCUUUGCAGAGAACUUGGCUUUCCUGUUGGAGGCGCUGAAGAAAGGGGAUCGCAGCAGCACCCGCCCGGUCUUGUUUGUCCUGGAUGAGUUUGACCUGUUCGCCCACCACAAGAACCAGACGUUGCUCUACAACCUGCUGGACGUGUCCCAGUCGGCACAGGCUCCUGUGGCUGUAGUCGGCCUCACCUGUCGACUGGACGUCCUGGAGUUGCUGGAAAAGCGGGUGAAGUCGCGUUUUUCCCACCGUCAGAUCCACCUUCUCAGCAGCCUGAGCUUCACUCAGUACCUGGACCGAGUUCGAUCCCGGCUCAGGCUGUCAGACUGCUUCCCUGACAGGAAGUUCGCCGAAGACUGGAACGCCAGCGUCCAGAGUCUUUGUGAAGACAAAUCGGUGGAGGAGUGUUUCCGGAGACAUUUUAACUCCAGUAAAGACUUCCGCUCUUUGCACGUGUUACUGAUGUUGGUCAUCAGUCGCGUCUCGGUCGCCAAUCCCACCAUCAAACCCGCAGACGUGUUGGAAGCCAGCAGACUUUGUUUCAGCGACGCCAAGUCCAACAUGCUUCAUGGUCUGUCCGUUCUGGAGCUGUGCCUGGUCAUCGCCAUGAAGCACCUCAACGACGUCUACGAAGGAGAGCCCUUCAACCUCCAGAUGGUCCACAACGAGUUUAAGAAGUUCCUGCAGAGAAAGUCCAACUCCGUGUACAACUUUGAGCAAGCGGUUAUCAUGAAGGCCUUCGAGCGUCUGCAGCAGCUGGAGUUGAUCCGACCGGUGGACGGUUCCUCGGCGAGAACGCAAAGGGAAUACCAGCUGAUGAGACUGGCAUUGGACCACAGUCAGAUCAUGGAGGCCCUACAGAAGUACCCACAAUGCCCCACAGACAUCAAGCAGUGGGGCAUGUCCGCGUUUGGAUAGGAUUCAAUAUGAUGCAAUAUGUUAAGUGUUAAAUAAACCAAAUAAAAGGCAUUUUUUAUUUCACACUUUUUCCAAAAUAUAUUAAUAAAUCACA